AGCGCGCGGAAUUACACUCUUCUUCCUCGAGUCACAGCUGAUUUGCUCGCCAUCUUGGCAUGAAUAUAAACAUUGCUUCCCUCUGCUCAAUGAUCGCACCGUUAUCUCUAAACACCGAAAAAUUGGCAGCACUUUACCGAAACAGCCUUAAUACUGUAUUGCAACGUCGGGAAGGCACGAACUAGAUGUUUAGGAAAUCACUGCGCACGUAGAUGAACAUACAAGUCAGUAUAAUGUGGGUUUCCUGAGCACUCGCUUAAGGGAUGGGAGACCUGGAAGGACCCCCAUCUGCAGACUGAAGGAGAGAGUCUUACUGUAGAUUACAGUAGAAAUGGACCUGGACUAUGAAAGACGCCUGUUAAGGCAAAUCAACCACCAGAAUGUCCCUGAGGGCCACCUGUCCAAGUCAGGGUAUGCAGCGUGCAGUCCGGUUACUGUGAAAUCAGGAGACAGAUUCAUCCCCACACGUGCCGGCAGCAACUGGAGCAUAAACUUCCAUUAUGCCAAUGAGAACUGUUGGUCACCCAAUCAGAAUCAGCGGGCGAAGGAUGCUAGUACAGACACAGGGAAAGACGCUGUGGCGUAUGCUGCACUGCUAAGGAAUGAGCUGUUGGGAGCAGGAAUCGAAACUGUGCCUGAUCCUCACACGGAUGACCGGCGACACACCAUCCUCAUGCAGGACACACACAGCCUCUUCAGGUACACCAUCCACACAAAGAGAGUGCCUUCUGACAGUGAAAUCUCCCCCUACUCCCUCUCUCCUCUCAGUAACAAAAGUCACAAACUUUUACGUUCACCCCGAAAGCCUGCACGCAAGAUUUCCAAGAUUCCAUUCAAGGUUCUUGAUGCCCCAGAGUUGCAGGAUGACUUCUACCUCAACUUGGUGGACUGGUCAGCUGGAAAUCUCUUGAGUGUUGGUUUGGGGGCCUGUGUUUACCUGUGGAGUGCCUGUACCAGUCAGGUGACGCGGUUGUGUGACUUAUCAGUAGAUGGUGACUCUGUUACAUCAGUGUGCUGGAAUGAGAGGGGAAGUUUAGUGGCUGUAGGGACCCAUAAAGGAUUUGUUCAGAUUUGGGACGCAGCUGGAGGGAGGAAGCUGACCAGUUUGGAGGGACAUUCAGCACGCGUAGGAGCGCUUGCGUGGAAUGGAGAGCAGCUGUCGUCGGGUAGCCGGGACAGAGUGAUUCUGCAGCGGGACGUGAGGACACCUCCUCCAAUGGAGAGACGCCUCCAGGGCCACAGGCAGGAAGUGUGUGGCCUCAAGUGGUCACCUGACCACCAGCACCUCGCCUCUGGAGGGAACGAUAACAAGUUACUGGUGUGGAACAGCUCCAGUCUGCUCCCUGUUCAGCAGUACAGCGAUCACCUGGCCGCCGUGAAGGCCAUCGCCUGGUCUCCUCACCAACACGGCCUGCUGGCUUCCGGAGGAGGAACAGCUGACCGCUGCCUUCGCUUCUGGAACACUCUGACCGGACAGGCGUUACAGAGUACUGACACCGGCUCACAGGUCUGCAACCUGGCCUGGUCCAAACACGCCAACGAGCUGGUCAGCACACACGGCUACUCCCAGAACCAGAUCCUGGUGUGGAAAUACCCAUCGCUCACCCAGGUGGCCAAGCUCACAGGACAUUCAUACCGAGUGCUCUACUUGGCAGUGUCUCCAGAUGGCGAGGCCAUCGUAACGGGAGCAGGAGACGAGACGCUGAGGUUCUGGAAUGUCUUCAGCAAAACACGCUGCACCAAGGAAUCCAAAUCCGUGUUGAACCUCUUCACCAGGAUACGGUAAUUCACAGCCGGAGAGCAAUCCAUCCAAUCACAUGAACGAAUGGAAGCCUUGAACUCACUCUGUUCUGUGUCCUUGCAUCAACUCCAGACCCUUGGACAGAGAGAGAGACCACAGCACUUCCUUCACUCUCACUUUUUUACUCAGCAGAUUUCUGUUUUAUCCUGUAAAAUGCCAGUGAGGGCUGUUGUUUAUGUUAAGAUUCAGUCCGUUCUUUUUAUUAUUGUACAUUGUGGAAGUCCAAACAGAUGUGUUAUUUCACAAGUAGAAGUAUUAAUAGAGAAAUUAACCUAUAUGACCUAUAUUGUCAUUAUCAUGACUUUUAGUCAUGAGGUUAAAAUGAAAUGGCUUGUUAUGAACAUUUAAGUAUUUUAUAUGUGUAUCAAAACAGAUCAUGAUAUCUGUGAGAAAUAAAUACACUUAACACUAA